AUGUCAAACGACAAGCAAGGCAAAGGAUCGGAUAGUGUCCCAUGGGACCAGCGUCUUCGGUCAAAGCCACAGUGGAGGGUAUGGAUCGAUUAUAUCAAAUCGGCAGCGGUCUCGGAGGGAGUUUGGCAGUACAUGGACCCGGACCUAUCAGACGACGAGGUUAAAACACUGCCAAAUAUAGAGGACCCUCCUACUCCUGAGAUGGUCAACCCCGACGUCUCGGAUAUCGCAGAACUUACCGAUGAGGAGUACAAGAGAUUCAACCGAUACACUACCCAGUGGACCUUGCAUCGGCCCAUUUGGAAAGAGGCAUGGAAAGGCCUGAACCGACUCAACGAUAAGAUCACCAGCAGUGUCGCCACAGAGCAUCACUCUCGCCUGGUUGGUUGCCGUACUCCGAGGGAGAAGCUUCUGAAACUGAAGGAGAACUUCGCACCAGAGGAAGAUACACGGAGAGAAGAACUUCGCCAGGCAUGGAGAGAGAUGAUCCGAUACAAGCCGCGAAGCACUGUUAUCGAUCAGUGGCUUGACAGCUGGACGAAUCUAUAUGAUGAAUGUAAGGCAGCUGACGUCCCUGACGUGGUAUAUCGACCAAAAGACCCUAUCCGAGAUUUCCUCAGGUCGACGAGAACACUCGAUGAGUUCUUCUACUCCACUUGGAUGAGGCAGGUCAAGCUCGAGACUCCUACCUUCCUGCACGUUAUCGAGGAGUAUCGGAGAAGGCAUGAGGAGCUUAGCGAAUCCAAGAAAGGUGGAAGCAGUGCACUUGCUAUGUAUGCGAAUACGACGCUCUUCGGUCGAAAACCUGGGCAGUCUGGUCAAAACCCUUCAAGAGAUGAAUACCGCAAGAGAUGCCCCUGUGGAGGGAAGGAGCACCACUUCUCGGAGUGCCCUUAUUUCGUCAAAUCAAGGAGACCAGAGGGUUGGAAGCCAGAGGGUCGCAUCGAGAGGAAUAUGGACCGUUUCAUCAAGAUGAUGAGCCCGUCUGAUCAAGAAGAGAUCAAGAAGCUACGGGGAUCAACCGAAACUGCCCUAAUGCCCUCGUCAACGCAGUUAACGACGACAUCACCGACACAGGCGAAAGCCGUUCAGUUCGCUGCAGCAGAUGAAGAAGACUUCCCACACAUCAAUAUGGCUAUGUUAUCCGUGAAUAUCUCACCGUAUGUGUAUCACGCUGCUUCGCUGUAUCCGCUGAAAAAUGCCUGGAUAGUUGAUUCAGGAGCGAACGUUCAUAUCUGUAACCGACGUGACCGUUUUGACUUCCUGGAAAACGAUCACUUCAAGAUAUCCACUGGCGACGGCGAAUCCUCGAUUGAGGGCGUUGGUUCGGCGAGACUCACAGUAAGGAAUCCUUGGAAUGGAAAGCAAUCGGUUACCAAAAUAUCCAAUGUGCUGUAUGCCCCAGACUUCCACACGAAUAUCCUGAGUGUCUCGGAAAUCAAGAAGAAUGGGUACUUCUUCAACAGCGAGAUCCCCGCGAUCACUUACCGCAGAAAGGCAAUAGCGCAUUGCGCAGAACUCUAUGGCCUAUAUCUCUUGGAGUACAGUAAGGCCUCUGCACUGGCCUUUCCCUCUCUCAAACCGUCUGCGAAACCCCUAGUAUCAACUGCAACACCGGCGCGGUGGCAUCGAAGACUCGGACACAUGUACGACCAGCGUGUUGAGCGCCUCGCAGAGAUGGUUGAUGGCAUUGAUAUCAAGGGAAGAACUGAGGAAAACGCUGAGAGCAAUCCAGAGAAGUGUGAACCCUGUCAGCUAGCAAGAGCCAGGAAGCAGAUCUCUCGUCGUCCAGCUGGUCGUACCCAUAUAUAUGGCAAGUUCGGCAAGGUUCAUUUUGACCUGAUUGAGAUGGAUGAAGCGUUCAACGGUGAUCGAUGGGUAUCGCACCUCUACGUCGAAGGGAUUCGGCUUCAUCUAGCAGCGUCACAUCGGAAGAAAAAUGGCUGUCAGCAAGCGAUCAAGUACUUCGUUGCAUACCUGAUAAAUCACCUCAAGAUGCCCCUCAGGGCGUUUCAUACCGACAACGAGCGAUCCGCUGGCGAAACGGUCUGGGACUACUGCAGAUCGAUGGGAUUCGUCGUUGAAUUCAUCGUCGUUGAUACCCCUGAGCAAAACAGCUUCGCUGAGCGAGCUGGGGGGUGA